ACGUCAUAAGCAACAAAAGGAGAACAGUGCAGCGGCGGGGGAAUAUUGGAACGCUGUAGCCUCUGACUGGCACAGUAGUGACGUCGUCUGCUGAGGAGAGAUCAUGCUGCUCGCUCGUGCCUUUUUGCCCACAAGGAGCCUGGCUGCUUCAGGGCUGUGGUGCCGACAGAAGCACACACUACCAGACCUACCCUAUGACUAUGGAGCGCUGGAGCCCACUAUCAGUGCAGAGAUCAUGCAGCUGCACCACUCCAAGCACCACCAGACCUACAUCAACAACCUCAAUGUUGCUGAGGAGAAGCUUGCUGAAGCCAAAGAGAAAGGUGAUGUCAGCACAAUAAUCUCCUUAGCUCCAGCCCUCAAAUUUAAUGGUGGUGGACACAUAAACCAUUCCAUCUUUUGGCAGAAUUUGUCACCUGAUGGUGGCGAACCUGAAGGAGAACUGCUGGAUGCAAUUAAUCGUGACUUUGGUAGUGUUGAGAACAUGAAGAACCAGCUGUCCGCACAAACUGUUGCUGUUCAAGGUUCUGGCUGGGGAUGGUUAGGUUACAAUAAGCAGAAGAGAGCCCUGCAAAUUGCUACAUGUCCAAACCAGGAUCCUCUUGAAGCAACAACUGGCCUUGUCCCUCUCUUUGGCAUUGAUGUCUGGGAGCAUGCUUACUACCUGCAGUACAAGAAUGUCCGCCCAGAUUAUGUGAAAGCCAUCUGGAAUGUCGCCAAUUGGAAGGAUAUCACUGCAAGGUUUAAUGCAGCAAAAUAAAAAUGCUACAACCUAUUCCAGUCUUCAAAGAUGCAGAGGGUUGCUACACCUAGUUUGGAAGACCAGUGAAAUGUUGGAGCUGACAAAACAAAGAUGCAUAGAUAGUACACAACAAUUUGACAUAUUCUCUCUCUCUCUCUCUCUCUCUCUCUCUCUCUCUCUCUCUCUCUCUCUCUCUCUCUCUCUCUCUCUCUAUAUAUAUAUAUAUAUAUAUAUAUAUAUAUA